UGUUUAAACUGGGUAUUUUUUUAGAUUUUGAAAAAGAUGAUUACUGGUUCAGAUCUUUACCAUGUUCUUACUGCUGUUGUGCCACUUUAUGUUGCUAUGAUCUUAGCUUAUGGGUCAGUAAAAUGGUGGAAAAUUUUUACCCCAGAUCAAUGUUCAGGAAUCAACAGAUUUGUAGCUCUUUUUGCUGUUCCAUUACUUUCUUUUCAUUUCAUAUCAACUAACAAUCCUUACACUAUGAAUACAAGAUUCAUAGCUGCUGAUACACUUCAAAAACUCAUGGUUCUUGUUGUUUUAGCCUUUUGGUCAAGACUAAGUGCUAGAGGUUCUUUAGAAUGGUCUAUUACACUUUUUUCAUUGUCAACCCUUCCUAACACACUUGUUAUGGGAAUCCCACUUUUGAAAGGAAUGUAUGGUGAUUUUUCAGGGAGCUUAAUGGUUCAGAUUGUGGUUUUACAGUGUAUUAUUUGGUACACUUUGAUGUUGUUUUUGUUUGAAUAUAGAGGUGCUAGGCUACUAAUUGCUGAACAGUUUCCCGACACUGCUGGCUCUAUAAUCUCAUUCAGAGUUGAUUCAGACAUUUUGUCACUUGAUGGUAAAGAGCCUUUACAAACAGAAGCUGAAGUUGGUGAUGAUGGUAAAUUACAUGUGACUGUAAGAAAGUCCUCUAGUUCAAGAUCAGAAAUUUUUUCAAGAAGAGGGUCACAUGGAGGUAUACAUACAGGUGUAUCUAUAACUCCAAGACCAUCUAACUUGACAAAUGCUGAAAUUUACAGCUUACAAUCAUCAAGAAACCCAACUCCAAGAGGGUCUAGUUUUAACCAUACUGAUUUUUACUCCAUGGUAAAUGGUAAAAAUGGUGUUAGUCCAAGAGGGUCAAAUUUUGGUGGAUAUGAUGAAGAAAGUGGGACUAUUAAUAAUGUUAGGGUGGCUAAUGGGCAAGGAAGUGCAGGGUACCCUGGUCCUAAUGCCGGAAUCUUUUCUCCGGUGACCGGACCGGCAGCCAAGAAGAAAGGUGGUGAUGGUGGCAAAGACUUGCACAUGUUUGUUUGGAGUUCAAGUGCUUCACCUGUUUCUGAAGGUGGGAUUCAUGUGUUUAGAGGUGGGGAGUAUGGUAAUGAUCUUGGAAGUGUGCCCCACACAAAAGAUUAUGAGGACUUUGGCCGAAAUGAGUUCAGUUUUGAGAACCAACCUGGCCCGAAUGGAGUGGACCGUGAGGCAUCUGUUUUAUCUAAACUUGGGUCCAGCUCAACUGCCGAGCUCCAUCCGAAGGCUAGCCCACAUGGUGAUGCAAAGGCCACUUCAAUGCCCCCAGCUAGUGUCAUGACCCGACUGAUUUUGAUCAUGGUGUGGCGCAAACUUAUCAGAAACCCGAACACAUAUUCCAGCCUCAUUGGCCUCACUUGGUCCUUGGUCUCAUUCAAAUGGCACGUUGAAAUGCCUGCUAUAGUUGCAAAAUCCAUAGCAAUUUUAUCAGAUGCUGGACUUGGCAUGGCUAUGUUUAGCCUUGGACUAUUCAUGGCUUUGCAACCAAAAAUUAUAGCUUGUGGAAACUCUAUUGCAACCUUCGCCAUGGGGGUUCGUUUCUUUAUUGGACCAGCGGUAAUGGCAGCAGCAUCAUACGCUGUUGGCCUACAAGGAGCGCUACUACAUGUUGCCAUUGUUCAGGCUGCUCUACCUCAAGGAAUUGUCCCCUUUGUGUUUGCUAAAGAAUACAAUGUCCAUCCGGAUAUACUUAGCACCGGGGUUAUAUUUGGAAUGCUGAUAGCACUACCAAUCACUCUAGUGUACUACAUAUUGUUGGGGCUUUGAAUGAAGCAUGCUUUGACUCUUGUCUUAUUUGAAGAAGUUUUUUUGGCUGGUGGAGUGGUGGGGGGUCCUCUAACAUCUGAAUUUUACCAUUUUGUUUUAACUUUUAGUGAAAGAGUAAAAAAGUGAAAAAGUUAGAGGGAGAGAAAUGUAAUUUGAUAAGAAGUAGUAGACAUUGGCAGCAAGUAAAAUCAAUGUUUGUCUC